AUGGAUACCAAUAACCCUCUAGUUACAAACGCGUUGUCAAGAAACAAGUUUGAAACUAUCCACAUAUUUUUUCACUUGAAUGAUAACAGACAAAAUUGUACCAUUUUCCUAGAUAACUAUUUUACGUCUAUUCCUCUAUUAGAAACCCUAACAGCUAAUAAACUAUACUGUGUGGGUACGGUAAGAUCAGAUCGAGUAGAGAAAGCUCCUCUCAAAGAUUUAAAAAAGGAGAAUAGGGACAACACCCUUUACCAGACGAAAGGCUCGUGUAAACGAUGGUCGAUGAAGGACAAAUCUGCUAUCCAAGUUGAUCAACCGUCUCUAGUACAUUUAUAUAAUAAAGGAAUGGGAGGUGUCGAUCGAUUCGACCAAAUGAGAGGCUUGUAUAGAUCUAGGAUUAGGUCUAAAACAUGGUACUGGCCGUUGAUUCGCUUUUGCCUGGACGGAUCUAUUGUCAAUAUGUGGUAUUUAUAUCGUCAGGCACUUCUAUCAAGGAAUGAAUCUAUAUCACUCCUUGAAUUUCGUAGAAGAGUAGUCCUAGCGCUUUUAGCUGCGCCACCUUCAAACUCAAAUACUGGUCCAAAACCAAAACUAUCCUGUAAGGUUCUAUCAGAAGUUCGAUACGAUGGAAAAGAGCACUGGAUUGACCGACAGGAGACGCAGCGUCGUUGUGGAAAAUGUGGAAAAUGUACAACAUUUUCCUGUGUAAAAUGCAAUACAGGUCUACAUCCAGAUAAAUGUUUCCGACAAUAUCACCAGAAGUAA